AUGAAGCUUUCAUACAUACAGACCCUUCUUCUCUGCUUCCUUUCAACCCUGAUCUCAGCCCACUCCUCACCACCCUCCACAGAGGGUAGCCCAUGCGGUACCUGCAUUCAAGACAAUGAAGUCGAAGGCAUCGCACAACGCUGGCUCAAUGCUUUCGCGACCGGCGGGCUCCCCACGCUCGAUUCAGCUGUUACAGAAAAUAUUAUGAUCUACGACGAAGGCGCCAACAACGGCACCACCUCCGCCUACGUCCACAACCGCACGGAAUUAUACAAUACCAUCAGCGAAGGGCCAUAUGGAGGCAACGGUGUGACGAACGUGACAUACGACGUCGUCUUCACGUUCCACACGUGCGAUAGGAUUGCGUUGAGGUGGCAACAGAACGAAUACACGACUGCUGAUAUCGGAUAUGGGAGGUGA